AUGGCUGCUUCCCAUUUGAUGAAUGAGUGCAAACUCUUGGAACAUGCACCGGACUUCGCCAGGUCUCGGCCGGAAGCGUAUCUGGACAACGUCAAAACCGAGUAUGCCGCCAAACUAGCUGUAUGCGAACUCCUCAGUGCUCAGCCAGUCAAUCCCACACCGCCAGCAAAUUGCGACAUCCUGGUUCCGGCGUCAAGACAUUGCGGCAAAGGCGGUAGCUGGUGGCACGCCCGACCAGAAGUUCCCAGCGACAAGCAAUGCUAUCCCGACUUCAAAGAGUUCCAAUACACCCAAUGCCUCAAGAGCCUUCAAUCGACACCGCAGUAUUGGACAUCGUUUAGCAACGCUCGCCAGAACGCAGUGGUCAUGUGUCAGGCCAGCAGAGAUGUCAUCGAGCGAGAAAAUCAUCUCGAGAUAUUCAAGAACCUGACUCAGGUGCUGGGUGAUGUGACAUCGAACAUGCAGAAGACGACCGAAGAGUACGAGUCUCUCAUCCGUGAGCAGAGGCAGUACUCCGAAGAAGCUCGCGACUCUCAUCAGCAGCUCAAAGAAGACAUCCAAGCGGUACAAGGAAAGGCUGUCGCCACUGUUGGUGCGCUGGAUGAAAAGUUCCGUACUUUCAUGGAGGUGUCAAUCUCGGAUCUGAUCACAGCUCUAGCCGAGAGUCAGAGUAACGAGAUUGACCAAAUUCAUGAGAAGAUGCAAGACUUCUCGCAAGAUCUGAUGCUGGAGAGCUCACAGCUCGCGAAACAUUUCACUAGCGAGCUCCAAAAAUACCAUGAUCUAGCCAGGAUGAGCAUUCAAUCAAACCACGAGGCGCAAGUUCACAGUUAUACUGUUUUAGCAGGCUACAUGGGCGUUACACAGAAUACCGUCAACCGAACCAACGACGUCGCGGAUCGAUCCCUUUCCAAAGUAGACAGCAUUGCGCAACGUCUAGACAUCUUCGAGACGCAAACUGAGCACAUUGCCGAAGGCUUUGCGUUCUUGAGCGCUAUACCUGCACUUGUUACAUUACUUGUUCGCGGCUGCUUGGCCACAGUUGGUACAAUAUUCGUCUUCACUGUCCUCUACAAGUUCAACACAAAGCUCGCAGCCUACACUGCCGGCUCGUGCUGUUCAGCUUUCCUCUUGCAUACAUGCGGCCUCUUCGACUGGCUCGGCGAACUUCCCUCUCGCAUCACCAAGAUACACGAACAAACUCCUCUUACGGCUGUCACUGGCACGUCAUCCUGGCAGAAGGGCGCCGGUAUCGUACUUCUACUCUGGCUCGCCGCCUAUCCGGUAUGCCGCAUCAACGCCUACCUCGGCAGUUUCAUUGCUAUUAUGUUGAAGCGCAUCCUGAGCCCAAUCUGGAUCGGCGAAUAUAGCAACGAGAACGGCACGGGGUUUUUACCAAGCAUCGAGAUUCCC